AUGAAUGACGUUCAAAAAAUUAUUUUUGAAGAUGACAAUGAUGAUGAUCAAAUUUGGGAAAGAACAAUCUAUGCUGUUGGAAUUGUAUCAGAAUCAUAUUUCAGGUACAAUUAUAAAGAACCAUGCAUGGAUUCAUUUCAAACAGGGAUGAUGUGGUUACUAGAGAUUAUGAGGGGAAAUGAUAAAAGAUGUCUUAACAUGUUUAGGAUGGAUAAAGAUACAUUUAUUAACCUUUGUCAAGAUCUUGAAAAAUAUUAUGGUUUAGCUGCUUCACCAAGAAUGUCAACUUUAGAGAAAGUUGGUAUAUUUUUGUUUAUUCUUUCCCUGGGAGCUUCAAAUCGACAAGCUCAAGAACGUUUUCAACGAUCAGGUGAGACAAUUAGCAGAGUUUUUCGUGAAGUAUUAAAGUCAAUGAUGCGAUUUUCUAUUGACGUGAUCAAGCUAAAGGAUCUUACGUUUUCUACGAUUCCUUUAGAAAUACAAGAUGAUGAAAGAUACAUGCCUCACUUUAAGGAUUGCAUUGGAGCAAUUGAUGGAACUCAUGUAUCAGCAUGUGUGGAAGAACAUGAAAUUAUUCGAUAUAUUGGUAGAAAAGGAGUUACUACACAAAAUAUUAUGGCUGCUUGUAGUUUUGACAUGCAAUUUACUUUUGUGUUGGCUGGAUGGGAAGGUACUGCGCAUGAUGGACAAAUUUUUCAAUGUGCUAUCCAUAAAAAAACGUUAAAUUUUCCUAAACCACCUCCAGGAAAAUACUAUUUAGUUGAUGCUGGAUAUUCACAAAUAGAAGGAUUUCUCGCACCUUAUAAAGGAACUAGAUAUCAUCUACCUGAAUUUCAACGUAGCGGUCGACCAAAAGGAUUAAAAGAAACUUUCAAUAGGCGGCACUCGUCUCUUAGGAGUUGCAUUGAAAGAACUUUUGGAGUUUGGAAAGCAAGAUGGAAAAUUUUACGAUUGAUGCCUUCUUAUCCAUUUCAUGUACAAAGAGAUAUUGUUAUUACAUCAAUGGCGUUACAUAAUUAUAUUCGAAGAAAAGCUCUAGAUGAUCCGGCAUUUUUACAUCUGGAUAAAAAUCCCAAUUUCAUGCCUCCUGAUAUAUUUAAUAAUUUGAAUGACGACCGAUCAAGUGAAAAUUGUGAAGAAGGCGAAGCUGCACAGAUGAAAAUAAUAAAAGAUCAAAUUGCUCAUAGUUUAAUGAGAGCAAGAAGAGAUUUGUAG